AUUCAAAGACCAUUAUGACCUAUCGGAUAGAUAGGGUCGGACGGACGGAAAACGGAAAGGCAGCCGUAGAAAGGAGAAAGAGAAAGAAGUGGAACGAAGACAUCAAAGUGCUCCAAGACCUUUACAUUCCGAAUGUAAUAGGGUUGGACGGACGGACGGACGGACAGCUUACCCACCUAGAAAAGAUGUAUGGAUAUAAGCAUAAGCAGCACACAAGUUACAGGUAGACUUACCUCCAGGCACAAUAUAUUAUACUACACAUGCUA